AUGUCUUCUAAUAAGCAAGAGUUACAAGAAGUAUUAGAAAGUUAUAUUAUUGAGAAAAUAAUACGUGAAUUAAAUGAAGACGACUUCACAGAUUCAGAUGAAGACGACGAUGAUGAAAUUUUUAUUCUUGGCUUACUAACUUUAAAUAAAGUUCAUUAUAUUGAAUUGCGCGU